AAGAAGGAAGAAAUUAGUAUUAUUGCAUCGAAAGUCUCACACAAAAUUAACGCCUGCAAGAAAACGCACAAACAAAACUUUAUCAUUUACUAGUCUACAUUUGUAAACCAUCGCUUCGACAAUGGCCUUCACUUCGAAUGAUGUGAGAAUAUCUGAUGGCUCGAAAGAAUUGUACUACGACAAGCAUGUAGAUUAUAUUGCAAACCACGGCAACGACAAGAAUGAUUAUGAGUAUUGCAUGACAGAGUUCCUCCGGAUGUCCGGCAUAUACUGGGGUGUUACUGGGUUGGAUCUGAUGAACGAGCUGGGCCGAUUGGACAAGCAAUCGAUUAUAGAGUUCAUCCAAAAGUGUCAAUGCCCGGUAACGGGUGGCAUUGCUGCUUGUGAAGGUCACGAUCCACACAUUCUCUACACGCUAAGUGCUGUACAGAUUUUAACCAUUUACGGCUGUCUGGACGCCAUCGAUGUGGAUGCGGUGGCAAAGUAUGUAAACUCACUGCAACAGCUCGACGGAAGCUUCUUCGGUGACAAGUGGGGAGAAGUAGACACCAGAUUUUCCUUCUGUGCCGUGGCCAUUUUGAGCUUGAUCGGUCAAAUGGACAAGAUGGAUGUGGAAAAAGCAGUCAAUUUUGUCAUGUCCUGCUGCAACUCGGACGGUGGCUUUGGAUCGAAACCGAAUGCCGAAAGCCAUGCCGGGUUAAUCUAUUGCUGCGUGGGCUUUCUCUCAAUUACGGACCAACUGCAUCGACUAGAUUGUGAGCGAUUGGCCUGGUGGUUGUGCGAGCGACAACUCCCAAGCGGCGGUCUCAACGGACGGCCCGAAAAGCUGCCCGAUGUCUGCUAUUCGUGGUGGGUGUUGGCUUCCCUCACGAUCAUCGGUCGGCUACAUUGGAUCAGUUCGGAAAAGUUGGAAAAUUUCAUCCUCUCGUGUCAGGAUGCGGAGACGGGUGGGUUUGCAGAUCGUACCGGAAACUUACCGGACAUUUUCCACACCUUGUUCGGGCUGGGCGCCCUAUCGUUGCUGGGCGAUAAGCGACUGAAACCGGUCAAUCCCACGUUCUGUAUGCCACAGUAUGUCAUCGAGCGAUGUAAUCUGAAGCCAAAAGUAAUUGUGCUGUAGACGUCCCGAUACGAUAGUUGCACAUUAUGUGCAACGCUUUUAUUAUUUAACAUCAAAUGCAACCACAAAAAGUAGAUGAUGGAACAAUGGAAAUCCCCCUUUCUUUUCCAAUGAGUACGCUUAGAUAAUAAAUGACAGCCAUCCAAAGAUCAACAGCAAUCCACCCAUUGGAGUGAGCCGAACCACGCUGCGAUCGUUUGUGAAGGCGACGUAGUAGCACGUUCCACAAAACAAUGUCAUGCCACACA